CACCUGUCAUGAGUUUAUAAAGCUCGGUAGGAUGUGUGUUGAAGCCAGUGUCCAAGAGACAGUACUUGGGGAUACACACGUUUAAUUAGCCAGUGACCGAGUGACAGUACCUGGGGACAGUACCUGGACACGUGAAUAACCCACGCUGUUAAGGGUUAAAGUCUUCGUCAGUAGCAGCAGUCACUCACGUCGUCAGGAGGUGUCAGUCGUCGUCAGGAGGUGUCAGUCGUCGUCAGGAGGUGUCAGUCGUCGUCAGGAGGUGUCAAGUCAUCGUCAACAGGUGUCAGGCCUUCGUCAGCAUGCAAGACAGGUUCAUGGAUGAAGUACAAACGUGGUCAGCGGAGGGACACACACCUACAGGACGCAGCGGUCACAGGAUAUCCUGCAGCGAGUCCUUCCUCUACUGUGUGGGCGGCUACAACCCAUCCUGCGGACCCCUUCAGGAGACAUGGCGACUUAAUCUAUCAACGUGUGAAUGGGAGCAAAUAUCCGACCCAUCCAAUACGCCCAAGGCCAGUGUGUCCCAUUGUCUCACCUCCUGUGGGCGUGAUCUCCUCAUGAUGGGCGGCACAAGUUUUCCCUUUGGCAGUCUUCUGAGUAGCCAGGUAGAAGCGUGUGACGUCAACACGGGUCAAUGGCGAUCACUAGGGACAUCAGGUCACUCGCCGCCUCAGUUAUAUGGUCAAGCUGUACGUCGCUUGGGGGACAAUAUGUACGUCGUGGGCGGCACGUCGGGCUAUCACUUCUCCAUGCACGCCCACGCCCUUCACCUGCCCACCCUCACCUGGACCUGUCUGGCGCCCCACGGUAUCCUCAAGGAUGGUGAGCCACAGGGGAGGUAUAGGGCAGAGGUGGGCGUGGUGCCUGGCAGACUGGUGGUCGUGGGCGGUGCUGACGCCUACAAUGUGUUCUUCCUUGAUGAGUUGCCAGUGCUGAGUUUGGACACGGGUAAAUGGGAGAUGGUUAAAACCCAUCCAGACCCACUCGUAAACGCCUAUCCCAGCCCAAGACGGUGUCACGCUGCCGUACAGAAAGAUACAGAGCUGUACGUGAUAGGAGGCACGGACGGGUCAGAGGUGCAGUCUGACGUAUGGAAACUGGACUUGAUCUAUCUCACCUGGACCAAAGUUAAUCUGCAAUUACCUAAACCUUUAUAUUUCCACGAUGCAGCCCUCACUAAGAGCGGUUAUCUCUACGUGUACGGCGGCCUGUCCUCCAUAGGCAGCACCGACAGAUCCUCAACCGUCUACCGCGCCAGGCUAGACACGCCGCCCCUACUGGAGGCUGCUUGGGAAUCGUUCACACACUGUCCUGCCCUCAAAACUACUCCUUCUGCGUCAUCUACAGCACCUACAGCCAGAGAUCUCCUAGCGGCAGGUGUACCCAGGAACCUAGUCAUACGGCUGGGGAACCUGAAGAAGGGAAGGGCGUCUAACCUGAAGGAGGAGAGAUGUGACUACUAAUAAGUAUCAACAACUUUGCUGCCCUGCCCUGCCCUGCCCUGCCCUGCCCUCAUGUUUUGUCCUAUUUGCAUUCCUGUUCAUCCCUAUCCUGCUUGACUGCCCCCCUACCCUAUCCUGCCAUCACCACACAUCUGCCUCUCAGGACAUCACG